AUGGUCACCAACACAAAUACAAUAAACAAUAAUUUGCAUAUAAAUAAUAAUGAGGAAUAUGACAUCGAUCAGGAUGAUGGCAUGCAGGAUCUGGGUUUGCCGGUAUCUGUGCAAACGUUUCUAUGGCGUCAGAUUGCGCCUUUCAUAAGGCCAAAAUUAGGCAAAUUGCAUGAGGCCAGUUGCAUGUUUUGUCAACAUGCACCGGGACAUCAUGAAUCAAAGGAAGCUUGCAAGUCCUUUGAAAAAGUACUCGUACAAAACAUCCAAUUUGGUUUAUCGCCGCCGCUCACCAAAGCGCUGGGGGCUAUACCACGCUGGCGACUACUGCAGGCAGCGCUACCACACGUAAUGCACUGUGUUGCCGCCUUGUUGCACAAUCGUGUCAAAGAUAUGCAAGCAAUUGGACCAGUCGAAACGAAAUUACUCUACACCAUGCAGUGGAUAUUGCUCUACGCCGCCGAGGAAUGCGCUGAUGAUGAGGGCGGAAAUGAAAUUUUGGGUGAUGAGACACCCAAGCAGAAAUCUGUGGAGCAAUAUUUGUUUUCGGUGCCUACGAUAACGCUCUUUGUAUACCUAUUCGCGCCCAUCAUACACCAUUUGAAAGAAUCAGACUUCCAAAAUUUCCGCUUAGAAAAUGGCAUUAAAUUAUGGCAGGGUAUGUGGGAUAAUCGCGCACCGGGGGCACCUUGUUUUACGGCACCUGUCAAGCCAAAGGCGCGUAAUUUGCUCUGUGCGCCCACACCGAAAGGUUCGACGGAUAUGUUUCCUGGACGCAAGCAAUCAUCCAAUGCAGAUGUAGCCACCUCACCAAAACUAGAUUCGCCGCAGAGUCAACUAUCAGAGCACACCAGGCAAGACGAAGAAAACUCAUGGGUCUCUUCGCCCAAAGAAUUUGCUUUUCCCGAGACCAUACCCGAGGAGGCUUCAAGUGUGGAAGAUGAACGCGUAGUCAUUUUUCGGCUGCCCUCCGCGCCACAUCUAAUGGACAACUCGUUUUUUACGGCCGACGCCAGCUUACUGCAACAACAACAAUUGCAAAGUCGUCGCGGCAGCCGGCAGUCGGUACACUCACGUGACAAAGAUAAACCAGCCACAAAGUUCGAAUUCGAUCAACAAGAGCUAAUGCGUGGUGCAUCGGUAAAGGAUAGGAGUAGUCCAUCAUUAGAGAAGGAGACCGAAUCAGAUAAGUCUGAUAGUGUGCGUAUGGAUGUAUCGGCGGCCACAUUUCUUGAUGUAGCCGUGUUACGUUGCCUCUUCAUUUCGCACUGGCAGGAAGAGGGCAUUUUCUGGAGUCUACAAUACAUGUACAAUCGCCUAAGCGAAAUCGGUGAAGAGGCGGCCAUUAGUUUGAAUCAGCCACGCAAACGAUCCAACUCGCUACCCAUACCACAAAUCGAGAUUUCACUGUAUCAAGGUCCGGGCAGCAAUAGUCGCGAUAGCCCAAGCAGCUCAGUGGCUAAAGAUUACAUCGAAAUACCGGAACCAGCGGUAACUAAGCAAGUUGAAGAGUCCAGUCCCACAGCGGAGCGCCGCGGCAGCGAGAAGAAGAAGCGCGUCAAAAUGGCUGAUUUGCGUGCCUUUGUCGAAACGAAAAUGUUCUCGAAGUCCGAGAAGAAUCUUGAAAAAGAAUAUCAUCGCAGUCUGGAUACGGGCGAGAAGAAAUUAUCACGCUCAGCUUCAAUGAUUACCAGAGAGCCAGCAAGUAAUCUUAUUAAAGGAAAAUCAAUGCCAAGUUUAAGGUAUGUGGAGCCACCGAAAGCAAUGCGUCCCUCCCAGUCCACCGGACAGCGCACGACAUUCUAUCCGCGCAAUCCCAUAAUCACCGUAACGGAACAUACGCCUACACCGUCGCCAGAUUAUCUUAAGCGGCAGGGCUCCAUUGACUCCCAGUUGGAUGCACUGAGUAAUGGUGGUAGUAUUAGCGGUGUGGCAGGCGGCACAAGUGGCAGCGGUGGCGGUGUUAGUGGCACCGGUACCACGACUAAUCGCUUCCGCGGUCAAAUGCUGCGUUCGCACACCGACUCACACAUCGAUUACACUGGCGUAGACGAAUCGGAGGCACCUGGCAGCUCCUUCUACAUUACACGCGAUGGUGGCAUUGACUACGAAAUUGUUUUGUUAGCAGUUUUCAAUAUCUUCAAACGAGAUAUGACCAUUUGUUCGCAGCGUGUAUUGGAAGCGGGUUUGAACAUUUGUGAACUAUUACUGGAAAUGGGUGUACUUAAGCUGGGUGAGCAUGCGCACGAGAUAUCGAUGGGUAUUAUAAAACGUGCGCUACUGGUGUUGGGCUGUCACAAUGGCUGUAAUGAUGGCGUACGCGGCCCACCGGCAGAUUUUUUGCGCAGCCAAUGUCAAAAGAUACUUACACGGAUAUUACGUCAGGCUAGCCAUCGUACCAAACGCUACUUACAAGAAAUGGUAAAAAGUACAGACUUACAUGAAUUAGUGGACUUCUUCCAUGCCUUUGUGGCAUUUUGUGUGGAUCCAAGUUCAUUAUUAUCACCGCUGAGAGAUUCCCAAGGUGUCAUAACAAUCGUAUUGUCGUUAAGUUGUGAAUUUUAG